AUGGCUGAUAAGCUCGCGACACCGUUCGAGAAGCGCGAUCCGUCCAGCACGGUCAACGAAGAUGCGUACGUGGCGAUUCGCCAGUCGCCCAAGGACGAUGGCGGCCUCAGCGAGCCGCGUGCGAGCACGUCGUGGCGCGCGUCCCGCCGCAGCACAUCGCGUGUCCGGCUCAGUCGUCUCGAGAGCAUGAUGCACGAAGAGCACGCCGCGGCCUUGAUCCCGAUGCCGAUUCUCUAUGUGACGAUCGCGCUCAACUACCGUCCGUUCAACGUCGACUGCUUGAAAGUCCCGAUCCCGGACCAGGCGUGCAUCAUGUUUCCCGGCCACUCGGGCAACGAGUGGACGAUGGCGGUCACGGCGUACGACAAGUUUGGUCGUCAGCGUACGCUCUUUUUGAUUGCGAUCACGAUGAUCAUCGGUGGCGUCCUCGAGACGGUCUCGAGUGAGAUCUACCUCUUCUCGUUUGGCCGCGUCGUCUCGGGGAUUGCGUCUGGCGCCGCCAUCAACGUCAGCAACGUGCUCAUCUCGGAGAUCUCGCCCACGCAGAUGCGCGGUAUGUUCUCGACCGGGCUUCAGGUCGGCGUCGCGUUCGGGUCGCUGGCCGUGACCACGGUCCACUACUUUGUCGGGUACGGCGAGGGCUGGCGCAUCCUCGUGGGAUUUCCGAUCGUGCUGGGUAUUGCGCAGAUCCUCUUGAUCCCGCUCACGACCAAGAGCCCCGUGUGGUUGGUGACCCACGGCCAGAACGAUUUGGCGCUCAAGGAACUCAAGCGUCUGUAUCGCCCGUGCAACACGGAGGCGAUUCUGAACGCGAUGAUUGCGGCCCACGAAGAAGAAGUGAAGGAGACGGAAGGCGUCAACGCGUGGGCAGCGCUCUUCUCGAAAAAGUACCGCAAGCAGCUCAUCAUUGGCAUGGUGCUCUGCUCGGCGCAGCAGCUCUGCGGUAUCAACGCCGUCAUGUACUACUCGUCGUCCAUCUUCUUCAGCGCCGGCGUCACGGACCCGCGCGUCGGCAACACGAUCGUCAACGUCGUGCGCACGACCAUGAUCUUGGUGGCCGCCCGCAUCAUGGACAAGUUCAAGCGCCGCACGCUCCUGCUCUUGUUCAUGACGCUCAUGGCGAUCGCGUCCGUGGGCAUCAUCAUCUCGCUUUUGGUGUCGAGUCCGAUCCUCUCGGUGAUCGCGACGGGUAUGUACGUCGGCGCGUUCUGUCUCUCGAUCGGCCCGAUGGCGUGGAUGGUCACGGGCGAAAUCUUUCCCGACUUUUUACACGCCAACUCGGGCGCGAUUGGCACCAUGUGCACGUGGGUCGGCAACUUUCUCGUCGGCGUCUUUUACCCGACGAUCUCCAAGGAAGACAGCCUCGGCAACUACGCGUUCUUCAUCUUUGUCGCCUUCCUCGUCGCGUACGUCGUCUUCAUCUACUUUGUCGUGCCCGAGACGGCGCAGAAAACGUUCGACGAGAUCCAAAAGGAGUUUGAUAUCGAACCCGCGCACAAAAACGACGACGACGAAGAAGCACCCAAGCAGGACCCGUGGGCCUCGUAA